AGUCUCUUCUUUGCAACUACGAAAAAUGUGUAAAUGGCUGAGUGUCAUAACACAGAAGAUAUUUCUAGAGAUUCCUUCGAUUUAAUCGAUGAUGCAGAUGUCGAAUUAGAUGAGGAAGGAACGCAUACAUCAGAUGAGCGCACAUCGACGGCCUCAAUUAUAACGACAAGUUCAGAGAAUAGCGCAGAUGAAUCGUAUAACAUUUCCAAGCCAAGAAAAUCUCGUCCGACAUCUUUAGAGACUUCUAAAAGAUUACGAAAGAAAUUAAAAAUGCUGAGUGGAAUACCCAAACGAAAGGGAAAGAAAAAAAAGAAAACUGAUAAACCAGUUAUUAUUGAUUCGGAUUCGUCUAUUCAACAAAAUACUGACGUAAAGAAAGUUUAUAUUCCAACUGCCUCAGAUUCAAAACCACCACCGUCACCUUUCACUGAGCGUAGUUCUAAACCAAUCACGAAAAAUAUCUCCAAAUACAUCAAGGUAAGCAGCUUGAGUAAGAGAUCUGAAUCGGUCGCCAGUAUUGAAAAAGGAAACGCUCCUGAUGACAGAAUAAAAUUCUUCAAAACCUUGUCCAUGUUAAUCGACAUGGGAAAUCCAAAUCGGUCUCAUAAUCCACCGGAGCCUGAACCAAGGCGAACUACGAGCAGACCAACGUCUCGAUCUCACAGUCCCGAUAGGGAGAGCAUUACGAUAUCUUCAUUAAGUGAUCUAGUUUGGCUGAGUAUUCAGGCUUGGAAGUAUAUUGGAAGCGAUCCGUUUAUUGUACGAAAACUUGAUGAAGCAUAUAUUUUGGUGGAGAAGGAAAGAAAAGAGAAAGUUGCCAAGAUUUCACACGAGAUCCUUAGUUACAGAUUUGAUUAUGGUUUGACUCGGAGUUCCCGUCUACAGACCGAAACUACUCCUGAUUUUUUUUUACCCUGUCAAUCCAUAUUCAAGCGUUGUGAAGACCUCUCAGAACAAGUUUUAAUGAUAAAGCAAGCAAUGAAAGAUAUAGGAAUUAUUUUAAACGAUCUUAACAUUGUUGAGGAGCUGUAUUAUUCAGAGAAGAACUUUUUGGAACAAAAUUUAAAAUUAGAAGAGGAUAAAGAGUUUCAAAACAGAGUUAAAACCUUAUGCUUGUGGACAAAUUUGGUUUCUCAGCUAGCUUAUGAACUUCAUAUGUAUGCCCAUAAAUUGUUUACUGAUAAUAUACCUAAUUUAAAAUGGCCAUUUUUAAAUUAUAUGCCUAAGAAUUUCGUUGAGCAUUCCUCCUGUCCUUUAAAGCUUAAUGCUCACCUUGAGAAAGUCGAAAGUAAGAAUAACGUCGUAGAAUUCACUAUAGGCGAUGAAGAGCAAGCUGAACGAAGUAAUUGCCGACUAAUACAUUCGCAAUCAAUUCUCAACCUGGAAAAUACAGCUCAUGUUCCUAGUAGUUCAACAUAUGUAUUUAGAACCUACGUCGAAAGAACCUUACGAAAGAGUGGUUUGAAAAAGGUUGAAGCUCUAGCUAAAAAGAAUGUCCUCAAUAUGGAAUCUGUUCUAACUAAACUUCGACUGAUUCUACUACCGAUUGAAAAAGCUGAAAAAGAAAUUAAGCAAAUUGAGAAAGAGAUCGAUGAAGAGAAUAGAGAAAUCAUUCAAAGACAAUCUGGCAAACGAAACAAGGAUGAAAGGAACGACUUCAACGUUCAAAUUAAUAGGCAAAAAGCUGAAAAAUUAAAAACUAGAAGAGAACUAGUGGAAUUUGGUGAACACUCGAAAGAAUGGAGAAAAAUGAAUUUGCCAUCAUUAAAGGAGUUUUAUAAAUUUUGUAUAAGAAUCCCUCUUGACGUUAUUCACGAAUGUUUGCGCUAUCGCCUUGAACAAUCAAGAGAACAAUUCAAUCAGAAUUCAUACGACAAGGCAACUACGUCCCUAUUGUCUAUAAAUCAAUUAAUGAACGAAUGUGGAGAGAUUCUUACCGCGUCAGUGACAAUGAAAAAGUAUUACUUAACUAUGGCCUGUGAUAUAGUUGAUGAUAUUGAUAUCGAAGAAUUAGACUCAGAUAUGGAAAAUAUGUUGGGUGAACAUAUUAAAUACAUGAGGCAUUACGUAUAUAAAAUUGAAAACGAACCAAAUUUAUCCAAAUACCUUAGUAGGUUAGAGAAUGAAUGGGCCUUUAUGAGGACAGUAUGCUCUUGCGUUCGUCAGGGUGAGGCUAAAGCUGGAAAUGGUUAUUGUGACAUGGUCAGUCAUCUCCUGAACAUUAUCAAGAUGUUCUUUGCUAAGCGAUGCGAUGAUAUAACUGGUAAUCUACAGAAUUUAUUAGAACAAUCGAACGAAGGCGAUUCAGAGUGUCCUAAUAUGUAUGAUGUAAUUAUCAAACUAUGUAGAGAGAUAAAAGAUGUAUUUGAUGAAACUAAAGAAAGAACAGCCAGGGUAAUGGGACUUGCCAAAAUGCUUAGAAAUGAUCUCGAAAUUGCGGCCCAGUAUAAAAUUGUUUGUACUGCUUCUCACCUUCUGGAAAAGCUUAGAGAAACGAAUCAUGUUAAAAUUAAUUUGAGGAGUCUGUCAAGUGACUUUAUUGUUCUUAUUCCGGAAUCAAUGAAAACUGAUAAAAAAUCAAUCAUCACUUUAUUAAGGGCAACUAGUAGUCUCGGCGUUGCUGAUUCACGACAGAAUAAGGGAUAUCUUAUUAUGGUUCACUGUCAUACUGCAAGUGACGGAGCAAAAGUAUGUCCGAUCUGGAAGGGUGAAACAAUGGGAGUUGAAGCAGAUGUUGAAACUGAAAUUUGUUGGUCACACCUGAAUAUCAAAGGCUUGCUUAUCCUGGCACACUCUCGACAGCUACCAUCUGUUCGCAGAGAAGUAGAAAAGUCACUAGGAUCAAAGUGUAUUGAGUUAGUUUUAGAGCAGGUUGCUUGCCAUAAAGCUGUUAAUGAAUCAUUAGUUGAUUUAAAAAAGGCCGGGCUUGAAUUUAGAACUGCAUUCGUUGAAUAUCUAAAAGAGAUUCAAUCAUCUUUCUUCAGUGUACAAAAUGUUCCAUCUUAUAUUGGUUUAGAGAUUAUUAUUGAUACGCUGAAAAAGACUUAUAAUUUUGGAUUUGAUUUCCAUACUGAUUUGUAUAGGUUGAUGUCUGGAAAAGAAAGGGCAGCCUUAAGUGAUGCUUUAAUCGAUUUUGCUCUUGAAUGGAUGCAUUUGGCAAUUGAAAAGUGUGAAAAAGGUAGAGGCGUUAGACCUCGUUGGGCUCAUAAAUUCUUUGAGUAUCUUAGAUUUGUUGCUUCUCCCGAUAUUACAUUGCAUUUAAAAGAAGAAAAAUUUGCAGAAUUUAAGAAAAGAUUCAACCGUUGUACGUGCCAUUUAAUUGGGGAGAAACCUAAGGAUUCACCCAGUCCCGUACCAAGUAAAGUAGUGAUUCCCUUCAAUCCUAGUUUGAGUGUUCCUGAUAAUAGAAGACGAUCUGACACUAGCGAUUCUAUCAUUUCACCUGUUAGUUUUGUGUCUGAAGGAGGAUCAUUUCCCCAACACAUGUACGAAUCUCCUAUAAGCACUCCUGAAGAGUCAUGCAUAAAAAGAUCUAAUGCUAUUCUUGAAUUAGAGCGGAAGAGGGAUGAAGAAUUGAAAAAAAAAAAGAUCAUAGGGAAAGUAAUAGGUGUGUGUCAGAGAGUUCGUUAUGAUUUAUCUUUAAGAGUGGUUACAUUCGAUUGGCAAAGAGGUGUUAAAAUAGGCGAAGGUAGAUUUGGCAAAGUUUAUACAGCUGUAAAUAUGAGAACUGGAGAAAUGAUGGCUAUGAAAGAAAUUCCAAUCAAACCAAACGACCAUCAAUUUGUUAAAGGCAUAGCUGAUGAAUUGAAAAACUUUGAAGGACUCGAUCACUUUGGUCUCAUUAAAUACUACGGAGUUGAGGUUCAUCACGACCAAAUGUUAAUAUUUAUGGAGUAUUGUCAAGGCGGAACUCUGCACGAAGCAGCAAAGACAGGACUCGAUGAAGCUGCUAUUCGUUUUUACACAAAUAAGAUUGUUCAUGCAGUCGCCUAUUUGCACGAGAACAAUAUUGUUCAUAGGGAUAUUAAAGGAGAUAAUAUAUUUUUGACCAAUAAGGGCCUUAAACUAGGAGAUUUCGGCUCAGCUGUUAAACUGCGUGAACACAAGACACGAGCAGAAGAACGAAACCUUGUAAGAGGAACAACUCUGCCGUUCCAGCCUCCAGAAGUUGUAAAGAACGCAUCUAUAGAGCAACAUCUCAGAUUUGCUGCAGACGUGUGGAGCAUUGGAUGUGUAGUUAUAGAGAUGGUAACGGGUAAAUUACCAUGGUCAGAGCUAAAUAUAGAACAAGAAUAUCAAAUGAUCUAUCACAUUGCUACUGUUAAUCAAAUGCCUAAAGUACCAGAUAAUAUUUGUAACGAUUUAAAUAAAUUCUUAGAAAGGUGCUUUGAGAUUGAUCCAGAAAGAAGAGCGACAGCUGAACAGCUACUCGACGAAACCUUUAUUAAGGUUCAAAUGUGA